AUGAGACUUUUGUUGCCUUUUAUCAUCUUUAGUCAAACAACUGCUAUGUUGUACGACAAGUUAAAUAUCAGUCAGUAUUGGAGACAGUUUGAUGAAAACUUUCCAAAUCUUUUUUUUGGAAAUCUGAGAAGCAUGCGACUCUCAUUUCUCUUUUGGUUCAAUGAUAAUUAUUGCGACGAAGAAGAUCUAACUUGA